UGCUCAGGCAACACAGAAAGUUUAUUGACUUUUCUAUGAAUUCAAUAUCUAAUUCUUUACCUCGUGGCGUUGGUGGAGAAUAGUCGUUUCAGCUGGGAUUUUUAUUUUAAGCUGUAGGCAAACAAUUGUGAUUUUCUAUUAAAUUUGGGCUCUUCGGCAUCUUAAAGUAUAAAUAACAACUAGACGCAUAGCAUUUAUUCAAACAUGAGGCCACAAAAUGGUGACGACGGAUAUGAAGAGCCGGAGGUUCACCGUAAAAUCUUCAUUGGCGGUCUUAAUUACAAAACUACUGACGAGUCUUUAAAAACACAUUUUGUAAAAUGGGGAGAAAUUGUCGAUGUCGUCGUCAUGAAGGAUCCGAAAACUAAACGUUCUCGUGGCUUUGGAUUCAUUACUUAUUCCAAGGCGCACAUGGUUGACGACGCCCAGAACAACAGACCGCAUAAAAUUGAUGGCCGAUUCGUUGAAACCAAACGUGCUGUUGCAAGGCAAGAUAUCAAGAAUCCUGAAGCUGGUGCAACUGUUAAGAAGCUGUUCAUUGGGGGUAUAAAAGAUGAUCAUGAAGAGGAAGAACUAAGACAGUAUUUUUCGAACUAUGGCAACGUACAGAACGUUAGCAUCGUCACAGAUAAAAAUACUGGAAAGAAGAGGGGAUUUGGUUUUGUUGAAUUUGAUGACUACGACCCAGUUGACAAAGUUUGCUUAAAUGGCCCCCACAAAAUAAAUGGAAAACCAUUGGAUGUAAAGAAAGCACUUCCUAAAGAUGGGUCCGAUCAGAGGGGUGGGGGUGGCGGUGGAGGCCGACAGGGUGGUGGCUCUGGCAGAAAUGAUAGCUGGGGCAGUUCAGGAGGAUAUGGCAACAACCAGGGUGGAUGGGGAGGAAAUUCGAACCCAUGGGAAAGCAAUCAGGGGGGUUGGGGAAAUCAAGGAGGUGGUGGAGGUUAUGGAGGAGGGGGUAAUGGAAGAGGGGGUUGGGGAAAUCAAGACUUUGGCAAUUAUAAUCAGCAGAGUUAUAGCGGGGGUCCAACUAGAAAUCAAGCAUAUGGGAAUAAUAGGUCUACUCCAUACAAUAUGAACCAGGGUGGCGGUGGUGGUGGUGGCGGCGGCUAUGGCGGUGGUAACUAUGGAGGUGGUCAGGGCAGAGGAGGUCGAUUCUAAUCGUUAUGUUUCGUGCUAAGUACACUAGUAAAGCAGAGUUAACCGUGCUAGUGUAGGCAGUACGCUCCGGAGCACUAGAUACACUCAUCAUGGUCCACACGCGAGACCAGCUAGAAGCCCUCAGGAUUGUUAGACAUUAGAUGAGCCCUUAGCUCAUAUUUAGAAGAAUUUCAAUAUUUAUGUGAACUGAAUUGUAAGGUCUUCUGUGUAUUUAAUGUAGUAGGUACUGAGGUACUUAUCGUGACAUAAUUUUAAGGAAUUAGCCAUGUAAAAUUAAUUAAUUUUAUUAGGAAAUAAGGUUAAAAUUUCCAUUAUGGUCCAUCGAUUUAUGGGGUGGGGAAGGGGAGGGGAAUGGGGCUACCCCUCUGUAUCAUUAUUACCUUGUGCAACUCCAUGGAGAUAUCCUUGGUUAAUGCUCUUUGGUUAGAAUAGCAUUAUUUACUGAAAGUGGGGACCUUCUUUCUCCCCAUCUUGUUUGGUUCUGAAUUAUCUCCGGCGCUGCGGGAAGAGCAGCCCUUCCGCCUUUGGGUGCUGAAGCACGGUCAACUCAUGACCAGCUCUGAAGUUUCGGCUGGUUGGUCGCAUUCAGCAUCCAGCCUCAUCUGCUCUACCUCGUAUGGUACCCACACUCUGUCACACUGGGCGAGGGCCGCUCUCACUCCGCGCCUCCGGUUUUUAUAUAUACAUUAGGAGUAGGGCAGACAAGACCAUGUGGAAAGUUGGAUGCUCUGAUUCAGUUUUGGGUAAUUUUUGGAUAUUCAUGUAGUGAGAAUAAAACACGAGAGUUUUUUGUAUUGUUAUAUUUAAUCCAAUUUAUAAAUAGAUUUUAUUGCAUUUAAUAAUUCUUCACAGGCAUCCAAAUGGUUCACCAUUAUCUCAUGCCUUCAUGAAUACUUGUACUACCAUUCUGUGAAAUUGUUUAUUUUGGAGAAUAAAACAAGGAAUUUUAAUAUUGUUAUAUUUAAUCAAAUUUAUAAAGAGAUUUUAUUGCAUUUAACAAUUCUUCAUAGGCAUCCAAAUGGUUUACCUACACUUCAAUGAAGACUCACACAACCAGUGUUAAAUUGUUUAUUUUGCUGUUAUCGAAAUACGAAUUUAUUUGUUGGGUCACACUGAUUUUACUCCUUCAUGUUUUAUCCAUGCCAAGAAAGCCAAGACAAUACGCUCUCCAAUAAUUUGUGAGUAAUGGGGCCUUCAUCAACAUAUUUUUUGAUUAAUGGCUCCAAUAUGUACGCAAAACUUUCAUACACAUCUCCAUCCGCAGAUCGUCACUGCCGUUCUAUUAGUCUAAUUACCCUCUUUGGCUACUAUGGUUAUAUAUUUUUUACAACUGAUUCGUCAAUUUGCACCAAUUUAUUAGAGCCCCCUAUCUUUCCUUGAGGUCUUGGAACUUCCGACUCGUAUAUGGCGAUUGUCUCCCAGCAAUAACUGAACCAAUCUGUUACUGUUCUCAUUGAAACUAUCAGAUUCCUCAUAAUAUAUGCUAAUUCUUUCCUUGUUUGAUGAUAAAUUUGUCCCUUACUAAAAGCAUACAUAAUUUUGUAAUAUUCACGUGAGGGACAACCGUGCGUAUUCACACCAGGCUCUUCCAAUAGCCCGAGAAACUUGUUUCGUUUGGCAAUUUAUCUAAACUUGCCCAGACUCUUUUGAUAAUGGCAUCACAGGAGCAAUAUCCUCAUCCUCAGAAAAACUAGCGAUAGCUGGUAAACUACCACUAAAGCCCAGCUGCUAUUCUGAGAUCAGCCAUCCAACUGGAACCUUAACCGGUUCAUCGAGGACAGACUAUCCACGGGAACACAAGUGGCUCAUUUGAGUCCAACAAUUACACUCGCGCAGCAGGUACAAGCGGCCCUAUAGAGUCCCAUCACUCACACACUACCUGAAGAAUGCACAGAAGAAGAGACUGACAAGCGGUUCAUCUGACUAACGCUUGCACACCACUCUUCAGACAAAAGCAUAGGGCUUUAAUGUUAUAAGGCUACUAACAAGGGCAAACAGACUAUAGCCGACAUUGACGGUUAGCAGACCAAAAGACUGUAAACAAAGGUGUCACUUCACGUUCCCCACGUUCCGCUUCAUAGUGUAAACAAAACUUAUUUUUUUUGUAAAAAAGUUGUGUAAUUGCGUAAUACAGCAAUAAUUAUUGUGCACAAUAAUUACACCAAAUUUAAUAUGUGAAUAUGUGAAAAUAUAAUUAUAAUUAAGUAAAAAAGUUACAUAAAAUUUAAUAAAUUACCUUUUAAGUAAGCGGAACGUGAAAUAUCAAUCUUGACUUCUACCAUGUCAGAUAAUUUGUUUUGCAUCUUGAAUAUUUGCAAGCUUUUUUUUAUCUAUGAGUACGAUCUACAAAAAAAAAAAAAACAAUGCUUCCCAAUUAAUGGACUAUAAUGGAAGUUUUAUCCCGAAAUAAGUACAAGUUAGGAUAAUAUGUAAGAAUUCCUCAAUAUACACUAGGUGAAAUAGAUCAGUUUUGUUGAUAUUUCAGAUAGAUUUGAAUCAUGAUAAUUUGAAAUUCCUAUCUUAUUCAGUAUUAAGUUCUCAAAAAUAGCUGUUAAAUCAACAUCUAGGCAUACAAUUAAUGGACUUGUAGGAUAAUGUAAAAUAAAAUAAUAAACUAUAAUAAAAAUAAA